AUCAUCGCUUCCGCCUCUCUUGAAUGAAAAGCGAGCGGUCCAGUGAGCUGUGCCGCAGUCGGACGCAGGAGACAGGAAGCGCUACAGCGCGUGUCGGGGCUCGAGAACGGUAACUGGAGUCGGGUGGCUCUCUUCGCAGCACGGGGAAGCGAACGAGGAAUCAGCAGCAUGGCGGAACAGGAUGUGGAAAACGAGCUUCUGGAUUAUGAGGAAGAUGAAGAGCCCCAGGCACCUCCAGAGAGCGCUCCACCUCCCCCCAAGAAAGACGUUAAGGGUUCCUAUGUUUCCAUCCACAGCUCUGGCUUCCGGGACUUUCUGUUGAAGCCAGAGCUCCUGAGGGCCAUAGUGGACUGUGGCUUUGAGCAUCCAUCAGAGGUCCAGCACGAGUGUAUUCCACAAGCCAUCCUGGGCAUGGACAUCUUGUGCCAGGCCAAGUCAGGGAUGGGCAAGACAGCGGUUUUUGUGUUGGCCACUCUGCAGCAGAUUGAGCCCGUCAACGGACAGGUGACAGUCCUAGUGAUGUGCCACACUCGAGAGCUGGCCUUCCAGAUCAGCAAGGAGUACGAGCGCUUCUCCAAAUACAUGCCCAGCGUCAAGGUGUCUGUGUUCUUUGGGGGCCUGUCCAUCAAGAAAGAUGAGGAGGUGUUGAAGAGGAACUGUCCCCACGUGGUGGUGGGGACACCAGGCCGGAUCCUGGCGCUUGUGCGCAAUAGGAGCCUCAACCUGAAGAAUGUGAAGCACUUCGUGUUGGAUGAGUGCGACAAGAUGCUGGAGCAGCUGGAUAUGCGGCGGGACGUGCAGGAAAUCUUCCGCCUGACCCCCCACGAGAAGCAGUGCAUGAUGUUCAGCGCCACCUUGAGCAAGGAGAUCCGACCUGUGUGCAGGAAGUUCAUGCAAGAUCCCAUGGAGGUGUUUGUGGAUGACGAGACCAAGCUCACGCUGCACGGGCUACAGCAGUACUACGUGAAACUCAAGGACAGUGAGAAGAACCGCAAGCUCUUCGACCUCCUGGAUGUGUUGGAGUUUAACCAGGUUGUGAUCUUUGUGAAGUCAGUGCAGCGCUGCAUGGCCUUGGCCCAGCUCCUGGUAGAACAGAACUUCCCAGCUAUUGCCAUCCACAGGGGCAUGGCCCAGGAGGAGCGCCUGUCGCGCUAUCAGCAGUUCAAGGACUUCCAGCGGCGGAUCCUGGUGGCCACCAAUCUGUUCGGCCGAGGCAUGGACAUUGAGCGCGUCAACAUCGUCUUUAAUUAUGACAUGCCUGAGGACUCAGACACCUACCUCCACCGUGUGGCCCGUGCGGGUCGCUUCGGUACCAAAGGCCUGGCCGUUACUUUCGUGUCUGACGAGAACGAUGCCAAAAUCCUCAAUGAUGUCCAGGACCGGUUUGAAGUGAAUGUGGCAGAGCUUCCAGAAGAAAUUGACAUCUCCACAUACAUUGAGCAGAGCCGGUAACCGCAUGCCCUGACGACCAGAGCCACUCUACUUCCCACGUGCUGCUUCAAGUCCUCUUUCUAGGCGACACUGGGCCUUUCAUUUUACUGUUUAAAAGUUGUAGAUUUGUGCAAGAAUUAAGUUUGUAUUAUGGAA